UUCCUAUCCCAAGACAAAUCACUUGACUUCACUGCCAGUCAGGACUGCUGGUCGAAGCAAAAUUUGACAGGACGUCGAGCUCAACUAUGGCAUUGUUUUCCACUUUAAUUGCCUUCGUUUAGUAAGUUCCGCUUGCAAUGCUGUUCACUAAAACGUCAAUUGACGGUGGAGCCGAGUUCUGCGCUGCUAACGCUUGCUGACGUUAGCCAACCUCGCUAGCGUGCUAGCUGUCGAAGCUAACAUGGCCAACACGGAGAACGGCCGUCGGCCCUUGGACACAAGGAGCAUUCGGACCGUCAGCAGCAGCCACAUCGAAGACGGAAGUUCGUUGGGUUCCGACUCCGAGAUCAACGGUUUCACCAGCGACAGACAAACGGACAAAUAUGGAUUUAUUGGCGGAGCACAACAGUACACGGAGGAGUCAGCUCAGGAUGUACCUACAGCAGUGCUCCGGCAAAGGGAGGUGAAGUGGUUGGAUAUGCUCAAUCACUGGGACAAGUGGAUGAUCAAGCGGUUCAAUAAGGUGAGGCUUCGAUGCCAGAAGGGAAUUCCUCCUUCACUGCGAGGCCGUGCGUGGCUAUACCUUUCAGGAGGGAAGGGCAAGAAAGAACAAAACCAUGGAAAGUUUCAGGAGUUGGAUAGCCAGCCAGGGGACCCCAAAUGGAGCGAUGUGAUUGAGAAAGAUCUGCAUCGACAAUUUCCAUUCCACGAGAUGUUUGUGUCACGGGGAGGGCACGGGCAGAAGGAUCUUUUCCGUGUUUUGAAGGCAUACACUCUGUACAGACCAGAGGAGGGAUACUGUCAGGCACAGGCUCCCAUUGCUGCUGUGUUACUCAUGCACAUGCCUGCUGAGGAUGCAUUCUGGGGGCUGGUACAGAUUUGUGAGAAGUAUCUUCCUGGCUACUACAGCCCAGGCCUGGAAGCUAUACAGUUAGAUGGGGAGAUCCUUUUUGCUCUGCUGCGACGUGUCUCUCCUUUGGCCUUCCGCCAUUUGGAGAAGCAUAAGAUUGACCCCAUCCUCUACAUGACUGAAUGGUUUAUGUGUGCCUUCUCCAGAACACUGCCGUGGGCGUCUGUGUUGCGUGUCUGGGACAUGUUCCUCUGUGACGGUGUGAAAAUAAUCUUCCGAGUAGGCUUGGUGUUGCUAAAGUGCAUGCUUGGUAGUCGUGAGAAGCUGAAGGCUUGCCAGGGACAGUAUGAAACCAUGGAGCUUCUUCGUGCAGUGGAGCCACGAUACAUGCAGGAAGGUUUCCUUGUCCGAGAGAUCUUGGAAGUGCCGAUUACAGCGCGUGACGUGGAAAGGGAACAUCACAGCCAGCUGAAGCGCUGGCGGAAGAACCGCGGCGAACUCAAUUUCAAAUCUCCUCCCAGGAUGCACGGCGCCCGACUCGUCAUGCUGGCCGACCCCCCGAGGCGCCAGGACCUGCAGCAGCAUCCCACUAUUCUAUUGGAGGAGGCGGAGCUGCUGAAGAAGGAGCAGAAGAGCAAAAAGAAAACCCUGAAGAAGUCUCAGGUCCCUGAAGAGAUUCCCAACCCUUACCCUCUUCCCAACAGUGCGCCACCCCCACCAUCUUUUCCACCAGCCCCGCCUCCAAUGCCAAACAAGGCCCUGGAGAAUGUGCCACAGACUCAAACAGAGCUACUUCACCAAGGCCGUGCGCUCCCAGCAGACCUCCCCCCUGCCAAAGAGACUCCCCUGCAGCAAUCCACACACAGCCUUAGCAGCACAGACCAAGAUACGUACCUGUAAUUCUGAAGCUUUGUAUGCGCGUGGAAGAAGCACCAGCACCCCUCAGCCAACACCUGUCAUGGAAGACAUUGUUAGACUGUUAACUCUUCUUCAGACAAUAUUUUGUCCUCUUGACUGAUGUCCACUUACGGUGUAAAACUGCCUCGAGACACUUGCCUCCAAAAGUCACGAGGGAGGCAUGCACCUGACUUCCUAGGACAACAAAGUCCUUUUUGAUGCACAAAAAAAAAAAAAAAAAUUGCCAAAGUAGAUGUAUAUGUGUGCGUUUUGUCCACUCCGAUUCAACACUACAGUGAUUUUUUUUUUUUUU